AGAAGAUUCCAGUGACACGUUCGGCGUCAUCACUUCACGAUGAGACAAUGGAAAUAGCAGGUGCACCGGCCACUGUGCAGGAGCGUUUGUUGAAAUUGGAAGCGGAGAAUGAACACUUGAAGUCGGCAUCUGCAGAGAGUGAGAAGAUUCAAAUGAUGAAAGAUGAAAUCGACAAUCUAAAGGCGCAAAUCGCAGAGACUGAAACCGAGGCACGUCUGGCGAAUCUGCAGAACGUUGAGCUGGAAGCGAAG